UCAAGGUGGACCAGAACAGGACCCCUCGGGGAUCUCAGGUGACCCAUUCCUCCACCAUGGUUUCUCCAUCUGUAGAAUGGUGAGAUUCAUUUAUGCCAAGUUCCUCAGCAGAAUCUAUGAAAGCACUGAGGACAAUGUUAUUGUUCUUCCUGGUGUGGGUGGGUAAAGGAGCGAGGCCUCCGCUCCCCAACCCGAAUUUGCUUUCCCCCGACAGCCAAAGGAGCCAGAGAGCAAGUGAUGAGUUCCCAGGACAUGGAGCCUUCAGCCAUCUUCGAGGCGCUGGUGGAAGGGCUGGAGUGCUGGGACCUCCCCGGGCACUGUACCCCUUGUGAGCUGCUGCUGGUGGGCGAGACGGCUCUCCCGGUGCUGGUGAAUGCCCAGGGCCAGGUCCUCGUCGCCGCCUCCCGCUUUGGCCGGGGCCGCCUGCUGGUCGUGGCCCAUGAGGGCUAUCUGAAGGAAGCCCGGCUCGCCCGUUUCCUGUGUAACGCCGUGAGCUGGCUCUGUCCCUCACCGGGGGCUGCAGUUGGGAUCGGCAGGGGCCUAGACGCCCUGGCUGAGAUCCUCCGGGGUGCUGGGGUGGAGGUGCAGGAUCGGGAGGAGCUCGGCGAGGCCCCGGGGGUCUACUGCACCGACGCCUAUGAGCUGGGGCAGCCAGAGAAGCUGGUCCGGUUCCUGAAGGCCGGAGGGGGUCUGCUCGUUGGGGGCCAGGCCUGGCACUGGGCCAGCCAGCACAGCCCAGACAGGGUGCUGUUCGACUUCCCUGGCAACCGGGUGACUAGUGUGGCCGGCGUCUACUUCACUGCUGCCGCUGCAGAUGCGGGCCUCCUCCAAGUGUCCAAGAAGGUUCCUAACAUCCCACUGACAGUGCGGUAUGCCCAGGACUUCACGCAGGACCAGAAGCAAAUCCUGGCUGGCCUGUCGGAGCUGGACAUCGUGACGGGAGGUCUCCCCUCGCAGCUGCUGGUGCACGGGGCUCUGGCCUUCCCCCUGGGGCUGGACCUCACCCUCGGCUGCUUCGUGGCCGCUGCCCACUUUGGCCGGGGCCGUGUGGUGGUGGUGGCCCACGAGGACCUGCUGACGGCCCCACGUCUCACUUCCCUGCUGGUCAAUGCCGUGCGCUGGCUGGAUGACGGGAGGGGUGGCCGCGUCGGGAUCACCUCUGGCCUGGAGGGCCUGUGCCCCUUGCUGGCCCCCAGCGGGCUGGCCUGCGGGCCGGGGCAGCUGGAUGAAGGCCUGAGCGUCUUCGUGUGCAAGGCCUACAGCGACGAGGAGGCGUCCGAGAUCCGGGAAUUCGUGGCGGAGGGAGGGGGCCUGCUGAUCGGGGGCCAAGCCUGGUGGUGGGCGUCACAGAACCCCGGCCAAGAUGCUGUGGCCGGUUACCCCGGCAACCACAUCCUCAACCACUUCGGCAUCUCCAUCUUGGGCCAAAGCCUGACGGCCGGGCAAUUCCCGGUGCCCCAGCAUAAUCCUGGGCAGUACCACUUCCGCCAGGCGCUGGCUCAGUUCCUGGGGGAGCUGGAGGGGCAGCAGGCCCUGCGGGAGGGGUGGCACUGGAAGCUGGGGCAGGACUGCAUGGCAUUCCUGCGACUCCCGGCCCAGGAGGUGCCCGCCUACGCCUCCCUCCACUGCAUCCUGAGCAAGGCGGUACAGCAGGCGGGACUCCCAGAUGUAAGCCGCCAGCACCCCGUGCUCAAUGACUCCAAGGAGGGGUUCUUGCUCUCCCUGGCCACAGAACUGGUGCACUCGGGGAUACACUGCUCGGCACUGGUCCAGGGGCCAGGGAGCGGGAACUGCCCUCCUCAGGUGGGGCCGCCAGGACCCCCCAUCACUGUGGAGAUCGAUGGCACCAACCCAGGUGACGUGGUGUGGGUGAGCACGGGGCUGUACCUCCCCUGGGGCAGCACCUUGACGAUCACCCUCCCCUGUGAUGUCACAGAAGCUGGCCUGGAGGUGCAGAUCGGCUGCCACUCCGAUGACCUGAGCAGAGCCCGGGAGCUGUGCCGGGCGCCAAUAGUGAUCCGCCGCAGUUGUGUAGAAGAGCAGGAGCGUGCCAUCCCCUGCCUCUGGGGUGGACUCAUCUACAUCAUCGUGCCCAAGGGCAGCAAGCUGGGCAAGGUGCCCAUCAUGAUCGAGGGAGCCCUGCCCGCCCCAUACUUCAAACUAGGAGAGACCUCGCGGGAGGAGUGGGAGGCCAGCAUCCGUCACCGGCCCGCCCCCUGGGGAGAGCUGGCGACCGACAACAUCAUCUUGACCCUGCCGUCCGAGAGUCUGCGGGGCCUCAGGGACCCGGAGCCGCUGCUGAGCCUCUGGGACCAAAUGAUGAAGGCCGUGGCCACGCUGGGGGCGGUGCCCUUCCCCUUCCUCCGGCCAGAGAGGAUCGUCACUGACGUGCAGAUCUCUGCCGGCUGGAUGCACUCGGGUUACCCCAUCAUGAGCCACCUGGAGUCUGUGCAGGAGAUGGUCAGUGUGAAGGACAUGAUGAGCCAGGGCCUGUGGGGCCCCAUCCACGAGCUGGGCCACAACCAGCAGCGCUCGGGCUGGGAGCUCCCCCCGCACACCACCGAGGCCACCUGCAACCUCUGGUCCGUCUACGUGAACGAGUCGGUGCUGGGCAUCCCUCGGGACCGGGCCCACCAAGACCUGAAGCCCGCCGAGCGGGAGAAGAGGAUCCGGGACUACCUGAAGAAGGGGGCCCCUCUGGAGGAGUGGGAACUGUGGACGGCUCUGGAGACCUACCUGCAGCUUCAAGAGGCCUUUGGAUGGGAGCCCUUCAUUGCCCUCUUUGCCCAGUACCAGGGCCUGGACAAGGUGCCCUGGGAGAACGUGGCCAAGAUGAACCUGUGGGCAGAGAAGUUCUCCCACCAGGUGCAGAGGAACCUGGCCCCUUUCUUUGAGGCGUGGGGCUGGCCUAUCCAGAAAGAUGUAGCCGCCGCUCUGGCCACACUGCCGGCCUGGGAGGACAAUCCCAUGCUGCCGUAUCUGCUCGCCGCCAACUGAUUCCUGGAUGGGCUCCGAGUGGCCCCUGCUUCUCGCCGGGGCAGCCGCAGCCAGGGCGUGUACCAAGCACUGUACUGAGCACUUGGGAAAAUACCGCAGCGUGCUAGACAGGUUCCCUGCCUCAGGAAGUCUCUAACAGAAGCUGGGAUGUCUCCCCCAGUCACAACCAUCCCACUAGUUCUUCUGUGGGGAGCUCAGGGUGGGUGGGGGCUCUGCCUGGAAGAGAGAGCUGGGCAUGGGUAUGGCCUACUGACCCUUUGGGAGCAGCAGCCGACGGGGAGAAAAUGAGGAGGGGAAUCCAUUGAUGAGGGUCUGGCCUAGUGGGCUCUGCCCGCUUCUUCUCUAGGCCUGGGGCAGUGGCAGGGGGAGG